AUGAAAACAGGAAAAGAGAGUCAGUUUGUGGUGAGCUGGGUUUUCUACAGAAGCCAGACCUCAGGCAAGACAAAGCAAUCAGAAAUCCCUUCUGAUAUAGUGGGUGAUCUUGUGGUUCAGAGUCAUAGUCAGGGGGUUGUCCCAGUCACGCUGACCAAGCCUUUGUGGUCGUCGCACAGAGGCGGAGGAGGUGGUGGGCUGGGGACAGUGGCAGGCCCAGGGGUGGGGGCAUGGCCAUGGGGGGGCCGCAUCCCGUCCUCCACCCUACACCGGGACAGGCGCUGGGGCUGGGGGUCCUGGGGCGGGGGUUCAUCCAGGGGAGCUUCCAGACUCUCCGAGCUCAGGCCCUGGUUGAGCGGAGGGGUGGCUGGGGCAACCAGAGGUGGAGGUAGUACAGGUGGAGGAGGUGGAGCGGAGAAAGGAGGCAGGGUGAGAUGUUCCCGCAGGAUCUGGGUUCUCCUCGGGUCGCUGGUUCUCGUCUUUCUCACCUCACUCUUCUUCUCCGUCUCACUCCGCGGAGGCGUCAGCUUCAACUACCUGGAGCCGCCUGGGUGGGAGGAGUCAAGGCGAGUGAAACUAGUGCCCAGCUACGUGGGUGCACACCGCCUGUCACCGCCUGACACACAGCAGCAGAAGACAUGUGCCUGCCCACGCUGUGUCGGGGACCCUGGUGUUUCCGAUUGGUUCGAUGAGAACUAUGACCCAGAUAUCUCACCUGUUUGGACCAGAGAAAACAUCCAGCUGCCCUCUGAUGUCUACUACUGGUGGGUGAUGUUACAGCCCCAGUUUAAGCCCCACAGCAUCCAGCAGGUGCUGCUGAGGUUGUUCCAGGUGAUUCCCGGAAGGUCGCCGUACGGCUCGUGGGAUCCGGGGCGCUGCCUGCGCUGUGCUGUGGUGGGGAACUCCGGAAACCUCCGCGGGGCCGGAUAUGGGGCUACCAUUGAUGGACACAACUACAUUAUGAGGAUAAAUCUGGCCCCCACAGUGGGCUAUGAGGAAGACGCAGGCAGCCACACCACUCACCACUUCAUGUACCCGGAAAGUGCCAAAAACCUGGCGGCCAAUGUUAGCUUCGUCCUGGUUCCCUUUAAAACACUGGAUCUCGUUUGGAUUACCAGUGCUCUGUCCACGGGCCAGAUUCGAUUUACCUACGCUCCAGUGAAGCAGUUCCUCCGUGUAGAUAAAGACAAGGUCCAGAUCUUUAACCCAGCAUUCUUUAAAUACAUCCACGACCACUGGACCCGACAUCAUGGGCGCUACCCCUCCACUGGCAUGCUUGUGCUUUUCUUUGCCCUUCACGUCUGUGAUGAGGUGAAUGUGUUUGGCUUCGGGGCGGACAGCCGGGGAAACUGGCACCACUACUGGGAGCAGAACCGCUACUCUGGAGAGUUCAGGAAGACUGGCGUUCACGAUGCCGACUACGAAGCCCAGAUCAUUCAGCGGCUGGCUAAGGCGGGCAAGAUCACUGUAUUCCCUGGGAAAUAACCAACAGUUCACCCUGUGUAUAUCUAAGGUUUCAUGUUAGAAAACUGGUUCUGCAACAGACACUAGAGAGGCUUCUUGGAAUGUGUUAUAUAUUCUCGCUUUAACCUACCUGCACCAGUUUGGGUUUCCAGUUGAAGUAAACCAAAUGCUUACUGAGGGCAAGAGGAAAUGGUCAUAGAUGUGACUCAUCACAUCAAGUGAACUGGCACCAAAAAGUGCUAAUUUACUUAAUAACCUUUCACUUUCCCUCAUAUGUGGGAAAUAACCCACCAGUCUUGGCUCUAAGUGGAGAACAUGGUGUAGACUCGUAGGAGCCAGGAACAGGGAACAUGUAGAUCCACAUGUAGUUCUUCUCACUUAAGUCUGAAGUGGGAUUUGAGCCUUAAAUUAGACUGUGAAGCAACUGGUUCAAAAUUUCACCUCUAAUGGCCAGCGUUAGAAGCGAAAGACAAAAAUCACUGAUCUCUUUGCCAGUGCAGCUUUACCACAAAUACCGACUUUGACUGUGUAGAGCGCCAAGGCAGCUGGGGAAGGGAAGGAUCUCACAUACAUUAUGUCCCACUUCUGGACUCAAUCCAGUGGAAAUGUUCAGCUUGGAUGAGUAUUUAAUCAUUUCUUAACAAAAAUGAAGUAUACUACAUACAGAAAACACACACACAGAAACAGCAGCAUCAGCAUUUAAGGGGCCAUGUGGUGUCUGAUAGCAAACUUAAAGUUCAUCUUCUCCUUAUAAUCUGUGGAUGUUGACAAACGUCAGGACCUGCAGGCCCUCAGAGAAGAUUGAAGAUACGGGCACAAACCGUGGCGCCAUCAGAAGUCAUUGCACUGUCAAACGUUUUUUGGGCACCGGGACUGCUUUUGCAGCUACAACGGAAACCCUGGGCCAUGCUUUGAUUUGCCCUCACUCGAGAAAGAAUUGUUCCUCGCAAGUCAUAAAUGAGGCAAAACACCUCUUUCCACUUUUCACUGUCAUAACUCUACUUUAUGUUGAGUUCUGCAUCAGAAGACAGGGUUACAAGGAUUGUGUCUGGCUGUGAUGGGCUGUAAAACAGACGAUAGGUGACUCCUGUGGGUUUAUAGUGUAUUACUGUCCUCUAAACCCCCCCCAAGUCCUUAUCAGGCUUAGCAAGGCUUCAGCAUCUUGCAGUAGAUCCACAGAAACACAGUCUUUUGCCUUUCAGCCAUUCUGACUCUGAAAGAUCACUGCAGCACUAGCAUGAGCUUCAGCUUCUGUAGCCCGAUUUUAAAUGUCACAGCAACCACAGGCCCAGCUACAGUCUUUACUCACAUCCAGACACAAGGAGAAAUGUUCUGGGAGAAUGUUUGGUUUGACUGUGUGAGACUCUAAUGAGGCCAAAAGUCCAUCUCCUGGGAUUUCAUGUUUGGAUGGAGGCAUGCUGGUUUCUGGACCUGGAGUUUAAUCCCCAUGUGGUCUGCCGGGGUCUAAUUUGGGAGAAGAGGACUAGAGACAGAGAGCUGGGGUAUGGAGAACCAGUCUGACAAAGCCAGCCUGAGAAACACAUCAUUUUUGUUCCAGUGUUUUAAAGGAUGAAAAUAAAAAGACUUUGGUUAGGUGUUGUUUAUCUGCACCAACUUCACACAACAACUGCACUGGGUUCACCACUUUAGUUUUGAAAUUACUGAGACAAAAAAAAAAAAAAAAAACUUUUCACCUUUUCCCUUUCACAAACUUAACACUCCACCCUGACUCCUGUAACCCAGUGAAGUUAGAGACUGUCUGGAGCAUUUCGUUCCAGAUUAAGGCCCAUAUGAGGUAAAAGGAAACCCCACAGGAUCUGGGAACUGCUUAACUUGUCAGCAGCUCGGCUUCAUUAACCACUGGCUCUGGUCCCUGCUCAGCCAAUUAAAACUUCAGCUAUGUCUGGAGGGGGUGUAGCCACCAGACGCCUUAGACUUCACCUCCAUACAGCAUAAACUGCACUUCCAGUUCUGAUUUUCAUGAUGAUGGCAAAUCCUUCUGCAGACUGCAGAUUUCAUUUGUUAGUUUUGUACUGUUUAGUGUUGAGUUUACACUGUGGCUGGAUUUAUGCUAUUGGCUCAGAUUAGAUUUUCUUUCCCAUUCAGGUGGCACAUUUAGUGGUUUCUAUUAUCAUUUGGCAUCAUCAACUAAUACUCAUUUACACAUUUAUAGCCUCCAUGAUUAGUAAUUUACAUCUUUAACGAGGAGACGUAAACAGAUAUUAGUUAAGAAAGUGUUGCUAGACAGUAAUGAAAAUCAGACAUAAAUGGAAAAAGAGACUGUCCCCCACAGAGUUAGGAAAAUGAAAGUAAUUGGUUUGAGCUGAGACUGUAAAUCUAUCUAAAGAUGGCAUGACAGAGAUGUAUUUAUCAAGGAACAGCUGCUGCCUGCCAAGGAAAAGUACUCAGGGUUCCUAUACAGGUCCUAUUUAGGUUUGGAAAAGAAUCAUUGUCUUUCAAGGUGUAAUGAGUAAUGUUUUUACUGCCACUUUACAGUAAAGAUAUGUAUCCGUUUGAAUGAUUGUUGGUCAGUAUUAAUGAUUUAGCUGUUACAUCAUGUUGUGCUUAGAACUCUGGCUUUUAUUUAUCUGGCUUCCUUUAUUUCAGUUACUUUAUAAGAGCUAUUUGUAAGCUUUAUUAUCGCCACAUAACCAACGUUAGCAUUAUCAGCUUUUUCCUUACCAGUCUAGAAGAAACUUUGCAAGUUAAGCAACAAACAUUUUCCCUUUACUUGCCAAGAGCUGUCUCCAGUUGUGAAAGCAACGGCAGUGUUUUGCUUCUAGUUCUAUCACUUCUUCUCCUCUGCUGGAGUUAUCGUGCUAACCAGCUAUCCCUGUCUGGCCUGUCUCAUCACUUUCCGAUAGCGACUCACUGUAGGGCCCAGACUGAACAAAUAGUGCUGCUUAGAGGCUGUAUUCUAACCUCUUGUAUUGUAAAUGCAACAAUGGCUGAAGCUCUUGGCAAGUAACUGUCACCACCACCCACUCCCAGCAAGAAUCCACAGCCACAGCUGCAGAGAAAACUUACAAAUAGCCCCUUAAAGUCAGUCAAGGUUUACGUAAAGCCCCAGAAAACCUGGAUUCAAAUAAUAUAAGAUAAUAUAAUAUGACAGUUUUAACUAUUUAUGAUUAAAUAAGAACCAUUAAAAGUGGGUGUGACUUGACUGACAGUGGCCUGGUUACACAAUAAAACAACUCACCAAAUGUUACCAGAUUUUGAUUAGAAUAUUGCACAACUCUCAUUGGUGCAUGGAAAUAAUUACCCACAUCUAACCAGUGCAAAAGACAAUGACAAAAUAAAUAAAUAAAACGAAAAAUUAGAAAUCUCUUAACUGGAAUACCCAAAACUGUUGAAAACUGACCAACAAUAGAAAGCCUUUAAGACUAUUUCAUACAAUUGAUUUACCAGAAUUUCACCAAUAUUUUUAUCAUUGCUUGGACUCAGUGUUUUGCUGUAAUGACACAUAAUACGAGCUAAGAAGAAAACAAGUCUGCCACCUGCAAAAUGCUCAGAAAAAUAGUUAAAUCUGUGAAUAGAAGCUGUGUAGGAACACAGAGUUUCAACCACUGUAGCAGAUGGUACAUCGUGAAAUAACACCUGUGUAUGUGUGAGAGCAGAGCACAUAGUUGAGUCUGUUGUUAAAAGUUAAUGGAUAUAACUAUGUGACAUUAUUCUUCUCUUCUUAUUCUUAUUAAGUGUUUUAAGUUUUACGUCACUUUUGCUGAGAAAGUUUUAAGUUAGAAGAGCGCAGACACAUGCUCAGUCAUACUGCCCCCAGCAGGCGAUGGGAAGGACUGUGCCUCCUAUGCUUGUAUCAGUUCUGUUGCUGUAUUACUGUAUUAUCUUUGAUGAUGACAUUGUGUAACUACAUAAUGACUCUCACGUAUCACCAUUGUAUUUUCUGCUUACAGUGUUUUUAUCCUACUUUGCACAGAACAGAGAUUCUAGGAUGCUUUAGUGUUGAGCUGGGCUCAUUUUAAGAGUCAGUGUGGCUGAAUCUGGACGUUAUUGUUUGUUGUGUUCUCUCUCUGUGUCUCACACAUGCUCACGCACACACACACAUAUUCAUGCUUCUGUGCCUUGUCCUGCUGCUGGACGUCACUCGCCUACAGCUGCUCUAUUGGCAACAGACACCUGCUACCUUUGCUUGUUUUUUUUGUUGUUGUUUUUGUUUCAUACACACACACACACACACACACACACAUCUUCUGGCUGAGAGCUGUGCCUUCUGAGCUGUAUACACACAUACAUGCGCACACACACCUAUAUGAAAACACACGCUGCCUUCUGCUCGGGGUACAGGCACCUCCCGCUCUUCACUUGUUACUGCUUUGUACACUAACAUUGUUUUUUAAAGACCACUGUAGGCUAAAGGAUAGGAUGUGCUGUGAAUUCAUAUUAGGUCAUUUGCUACUUUUCUGAACAUAUAAUGGAUGCUUUUGAGGCAUUUCUGCUUUUCUAGACACAGACACAGACACAGAGGGUCAUCUGCUAGAUUAAAGCCCAAAAUAGUGUAGAUACCUUUCCUGUCUUUCCAUAUCUGUUUUAUAGAACUACUCAGUGACUGUAGAACAACAGAUGGUAAAGAUGACAACACAUCUAAAGGUUUAGACAUAUCAGUGUACCCACUGCUGUCAUGAACUUGCACCUAGUUCAAUGUUUUCUUGGAGUUGUCAGCCAUCAUGGUCCUGUGUUUUCGAUGUUUGUUUCCCAAGAUGCUCCUUCCAGCUUCAGUAUGAAUGUGUAAAUUGCUUUGGAGAUAGCAUGGUUGACGUCUGGACAUUUUCGGGGCUCUCUGGCAGACGAGUAACACAUUCCUAUCACAUUCGCUGCCUGCAGUGGGUAGAAAAGUCUUAAUAGUCGACUCUGCCCCCAAACAAGGCGAGACCCUGCGAUGGCAUCGGAACUGUUAUCAGCUUCUUCAAUUUGUCACAGUUGUAGGCCAGAACAUUGUGAUCAGAUAGACGGGGGGUGGGUGGGAGCAGGGUGAUCCCUCUCUGCUGUGCUAGCCUAAAUUAGAGUGGUUUUUUUUUUCCAUCUACAGCACAUGACACAGAUUUGAGAGUGUUCCCUGUAGCAUUUAUAACCUAAAGUAGGUCUUUUCCUCUGCCGCUGACCUAAUACACUGAUUUUUUUUUCUCCUCCACAGUUGAUUCUUAAAAUAAUUUCUGAAAAAGUGUGGAGCACCACUUUUCCAGGUUAAGUUUUUGUGUUGUAGCUGUGUAAGGGACAACAAUCCAGAAAUAUAGAGCUGCAGAGGUUGAGAGCAUUUUGGGAAAUGUGGACCGUGAUUGUGAUCUUUUCAUUUUUUUUGAUUUUCUCCAAACAGGUGACUGUCACAUGUCCAGGGAGCAGCAUGUUUUCUCAGGUGAAAUCAGAAUGUGUGGUUCAGUCCUCUGAUAACAGUGACAGAAGUGUAGCUGACUUAGUCACAACUUAAACUGGACUGAUUUUCCUUUAAAAAGAUGCAUUGUUAUUUUUAUUUUCUAAUUUCAGGCCUAAAACAUCUCCACACUGGAAUCAUCCUUGUUCUACUUCACUAUCAGUGGAAUCCACAUUCCUUUUGCAUCUAUUACUAUUUAUUACACUGUCAUGUCUCAGACAUUAUGUGCUGAGGCACAUUUCAGCAAAGCCACAAACAUCACCCAAUUACUUACCGCCUGAAAGUAUGUUAUCAAGUUUUGCACAGCUGCACAUAACAACUGGAAUACACCACAAUUUCAGUUUUCCUGGAAUAAAGAAAAGCUCAUUAAACUAAUUAAAUGUAUUUUUAUGGGGUAAUUAAACAGAAUGAGUAUGGAAAUGAGCACAGUCUGAAAGCACACCUGUUCAGCUCGGAGAAAGUGGAUGCUUUUAUGUCAAAGGGAGAAUGUGCGUGUAUAGCAUCUAAAUCCUUACAUGCAUCUGCUUGUAAGAGAAUGGUUUGACAUUUUGGAAAAGACAUUUAGCCCAUUGCUUUUUGUAAGAAAGAUGAACACAAUUCUCACCUCUGGCCAUUUAGUAUUGUGUAAGGCAGAGUCAUUGGUUAAAUGUAUUGAAAUAUUUGAAUUUAAAAUGGCUCAAAUUUGACCCAAAUACAUAGGAGGGAUAAUGUAUGUGAACUAGGGAGCUUAGGACCCUGGGAACAGAGAGAGCUCCCAUGUAAGGCUACAGCCAGUUAGCUUAGCUUAGCAUAAAGACUGGGGUACGGGUCUGUCCGACAGUAAAUGCUCCUCGCCAUGAAAUAGUCUGGCACAUACCACAAAUUGUCAUGUUUAAACUUUGAUUUUUGUACAGAUUAAAUAAACUGUGUGUUUAUCAGUGAGCUGUAGAGGCACUAGCAGAUGGAUUCUGUUACCUCUGUCAGUCAGGCUAGCUAAGCUAACCUUCUCCUGGUGGUAGCUUCAUAUUCAGCACACAGGCAGAGGAGUAGUAUCAGUCUAGAUCUCUGCAAGAAAGUGAAUAAGCAUAUUUUCCAAAAUGGCAAACUAUAUCCUGUAGCUACAAUGCUGAGAGCAAAUUGGGUAGUUUUUUCUUGAUGUUCUUUAGUAUUCUAAACUAUUUGCCAGAGUCUCAUUACUGUGUUCAAGUUAACAAGAAAUCAGAAAGGUUGUCUGGCAGGGGAGAAACAACCAAGGCAAAGUCUGCGACAAAAUAGAAUCCACACCAGAGAAAAGGAAAUCACGGCUCUUGUGUCUUGAAAAGUACUUUAAUAGCACUCCCAUCUCCUCAGCCCGUGUCUCUCCAGCUCUCUGAGGUAAUGGAGAAUAGCUGUCUGCAGCAGGGACAGAAAUUUCACUGACUGUUAGAGCAAGAGCUUAAAGGAACAAAUACAUCAUGAUCAAAACACUGCUGGGCCAGGCUGUUGGUGGUAUGACAUCGCAUGCGACUGUUGCCAACAUGCUGUGGUGUUUGAGGCUGAGGUGAGAACAGCCACAAGCAGCUCUUUCCUCAUCAGUUCACUGGUCUGCAUUGAACAGAAACACCUCUUUAGCAGCAGUCAGUGUGCUGCAGACCGCACAUGUCAGACUGUCUCUGUGGAUUUUAACACUCAUACCUGUCUGUCUGUCGGCUAUUGUGCUAGUCCCCUACAAUCACUAGGACAAAAUACUGGACUUACCAAGUAGGAUAAAAAAGCUGCUUAGUGAACAACAAAUUUACAAGCAGCUCUGAUGAAUCAGACUGUGGAGGAAAAAAAAAAAAAAAGAAUUCAAGGAAUUUAGAGAGUUUAUUGGCUCAGUUUGUGUAGGUGAAAUCUUUUCAUGUGGGUGGUUUCCUGCUGUCUGGAUCUGUCAUUGUCUAGUCCUGGCUUUAAUGUCUCAUUAUUCAGUAGGACUACCUUUUGGACAAGGCAGCACAUGUAUUUACUACAUUGUAACAUCUGUAUGAUACGUGAUCAGACUCUUUGUAUCUUAUGCUACUGUAAAUAAAAGCUUCAUGAAACGUGA